AUGGCCUCCUUCAAUGGGAAGGAGAUUCCGAUCUGCUAUGCUUCCUGCUCCAUAGGAUAUGAAAGUUCGAAGCAUACGCUGCCGGCCAAGCUGAAGACUCUUGCCAAUGCUGGAUUCGACGCCAUUGAGCUUUCGAUGCCUGACAUCCUCUCGUACGGUCAACAAGUCUCCAAGAGUAAGGCAGAAAUUGAUCCAAUGGAUUAUCAAACACUUCGAUCCGUCGCCGCAGAGAUCGGAAAGCUGUGCGAAAAGGAAGGCUUGAAGGUUCUGAUGUUACAGCCAUUCGCCAACUUUGAGGGUUGGCCUAGAGGAAGCGAUGAGAGAAAAGAUGUUUUCGACAGAGCCAGAGGGUGGAUGAGCAUAAUGGAGGCCGUUGGGACAGAUAUGCUUCAGAUUGGAUCUUCUGAUGCGGAGGGCAUCUCGUCUAGUUUUGACCACCUGGCUUCCGACCUGGCUGAGCUUGCAGAUAUUUUUGCCGAGAAGGGGUUUCGAAUUGCAUACGAAAACUGGUGCUGGGCCACGCACGCUACAACAUGGAAGGAUGUCUGGGAAAUCGUCACGAAGGCCAAUCGACCCAAUCUGGGGUUAUGCCUCGACACCUUCCAGAGCGCAGGAGGAGAAUGGGGCAGCCCGACGACGAAAUCUGGACGAAUCGAACACGUCAGUGCCGAAGAGUUGGACAAUAGAUGGAAGAGGAGCUGUGAAGAGCUCUCGAAGACCAUCCCUCCGGAGAAGAUAUUCUUGUUGCAGAUCUCAGACGCAUACAAGAUGGAGCCGCCAUUGGUCGAUAAACCAGACGACAGCGGCCUGAGACCUCGGGGCCAGUGGAGCCAUGAUUAUCGGCCGCUGCCAUACGACGGUGGAUGCUUGCCAGUAGAAGAUUUCACCAGAGCCGUGUUCAAGACUGGGUUCAGAAGCUGGGUGUCGGUGGAAAUAUUCGAUGGCAAGGGCCCGGAGAAGUACGGGGACGACAUGGGACCGUUUGCAAAGAAGGCCUUUGAAUCGGUGCACGCAUUGUUGAAGCAGGUCGCAGACACCGCUUAA